AUACAGCGGGUAAUGGCAUGGGAGUUAACAAUGACACUGUUAUGACUGGGGUUGAGCAACGGGUUGGUAUAAAUGCAGUGUGAGGUCUCAGGGUGCUCCAGUGACACUCCGAGCGAGCGCAGACGUAACAACGCGAGAUGAUCUGGACCAUCCUCCUGCUCGUCCUGCUCAUUUUUAUUCUAACAAACAGAUGGAGAUCCAAGGGGGAGCCACCUUUAGACAAAGGAGCUAUCCCGUGGUUAGGUCAUGCACUUGAAUUUGGAAAAGAUGCAUCCAAGUUCAUAAAUCGCAUGAAGAUGAAGCAUGGUGACGUUUUCACUGUGCGAGUUGCUGGCCGCUAUGUGACGAUGCUCCUGGAUCCACACUCCUACGACACAGUCCUGGGUGACUCCGAUUCCCUGGACUUCACACGUUACGCGCAGGUGCUGAUGGAGAGGAUCUUCAGACUGCGCCUCCCGUAUAGCCAGCAGGCUAAAUCAAAAGAAAUCAUGAAAAGGCACUUUGUGGGAAUGAACUUGGCCACUCUUAACAGCGCCAUGAGCAGAAACCUGCGAGCCUUGAUGAAAGCAAAGACGACCCAGAACCAGAAAGACUGGAAAGAGGAGGGACUAUUCAAUUUCUCUUACAGCUUGUUAUUUAGGGCGGGGUACCUGACGCUGUUUGGGGGAGAACAGAACAACAACCCCAUAGACCCUUCGACUGUCUACGAGGAGUACAAGAAGUUUGAUGGUCUUCUAGUCAAAAUGGCAAGGGGCACUCUCAGGCAAGAGGAGAAGAAGACAGCUCAGAGUGUUCAAAACAAACUCUGGGAGCUUCUGGCUCCAGCAGGUCUGACUGACGAUUCGGGGUCCAGCCCUUGGCUGCAUGCCUACAGGCAGUUUCUGCAGGAAGAUGGAACCGAUGCGGAGAUGCAGAACAGGGCUAUACUGAUGCAACUCUGGGCCACACAGGGUAAUGUUGGUCCUGCUGCAUUUUGGCUGUUGGGCUACUUGUUGACAAAUCCUGAAGCCCUGAUGGCAGUAAAGAGGGAGUUUAGCCAGAACACACAAAUGGAAACCACCACAGGGACUCCCCUCAUGGACAGUCAAGUGAACACCCCAGUGUUUGAUAGUGCCUUGGAAGAAGCACUGAGACUCACCGCCGCCCCGUUCAUUACAAGAGAGGUAGUGCGGGAAAAGACCCUCUGCAUGGCCGAUGGCCGACGGUACCUGCUGAGAAAAGGAGACAGAGUGUGUUUGUUUCCCUACGUCAGCCCUCAAAUGGACCCUGAGAUCUACCACGAGCCACAGAAAUACAAGUACGAUCGCUUUCUGAGAGAAGACGGAUCUGUGAAGAAGGAUUUUUAUAAAGGAGGGAAGCGGCUGAAAUAUUACACGAUGCCAUGGGGUGCAGGGACCAAUGGCUGUGUAGGAAAGCAGUUUGCCAUCAAUACCAUCAGACAGUUUGUUUACAUGGUGUUGACUAACUAUGAUUUGGAGCUUUGUGACCCAAAUGCUCAGAUGCCAGAAAUAAAUGCCAGCCGUUAUGGAUUUGGGAUGCUACAACCUGAAGGAGACUUGCCUGUCCGAUAUAAACCUCGAAAUACUCACUAGGAAAAUGAGCAAGAACAACAAUUGUAUGCACAUUUCAACACAAAAACUUUGUUUAUAGUGUCUCUAUGU